GCGGGGACUGGGGAGGGGCCGGCGCGCGGCUGCUGGUGCCGCUGCCGGAGCAGAGGGAGGAGGCGGCGCGUCCCUAGAGGCGUGCGCCGGGGCAGACGGACCGACGGACCGACGCGCGAAGGGAGAGGGCCAGCGGCGAGAAAGCUGCUGGCAUUGUGGGACCGCUUCAGGGCUGCCGAACGAACGCCAACUUGCUUCGUGCGUUGCGGGCAGGUCUGGGGCAGGUGGCAGCCCCGUGAUCCACCAUCAUGCACGGAGACGGACUUUUUGAUGAAGAAACCCAGAGCAGUCGAUGCCGACCAGGGCGAUUUGGUUGUCAAAGGUUUUGACAAAACCUGCCCUGUUCCCUUUGGGGAAUCCGAAUGAGGGAGAUUACAGACACCUUCACUGCGAAGCCAAGGACAUUUCUGUAUAAUCAGUGGAUGAAAGGAUUUUCUCAGACUCUUUUUUCCCUUUUCCUUGAGGAUUAAUCCACCGCAAUCUACAAUUACAGUGGAAACCACAAGGCACAGGAUGUGGCAGGAGCCUCCAGCGCCGUCCGAAUUGUCCUGGACCCUUCCUUUAGCCUAGGGGAGUUUAACACUUGCCACCCGCCACCCCUCCCCCACUCCCUCCUGCUGAGCUCUUUAACCCGUUCUCCUUCCCUGAGUUAAGUUCUGUUUCCAAAACUGUCUUCUGGAGCUAUAAGUGGAUUGCCAGAAAUGAGAGAUUAACUGCUGGGAGAAGAGGAAGCGCCCUGUGUUGUGUCUCCUCUCAGCUGCCGACAUGAAGUGCUUUUUCCCAGUGCUGAGCUGUCUGGCUGUGCUGGGGGUAGUGUCAGCACAGCGGCAAGUCGCCGUCCAGGAAGGACCCUUGUACCGCACAGAGGGCUCCCACAUCACCAUCUGGUGCAACGUCAGCGGCUACCAGGGGCCUUCUGAGCAGAAUUUCCAGUGGUCCAUUUACCUGCCCUCCGCCCCUGAGCGCGAGGUCCAGAUUGUCAGCACCAUGGACUCUUCCUUCCCUUACGCCAUCUAUACCCAGCGUGUCCGCAGCGGGAAGAUCUACGUGGAGAGGGUCCAGGGGAACUCGGCUUUAUUGCACAUCACCGACCUCCAGGCCCGGGAUGCUGGGGAGUAUGAAUGCCACACGCCCAACACCGAUGAGCGGUACUUCGGGAGUUACAGUGCCAAGAUGAACCUCAUGGUGAUCCCGGACUCCCUGCAGUCCACUGCUGUGCGCCACACUCUGCACAGAGUGGAGCAGGACCCCCUAGAGCUCACGUGUGAGGUGGCCACGGAGACGUUGCAGCACAGCCACCUGUCCGUGGCCUGGCUACGGCAGCGGGGCGGCGAGAAGCCGGUGGAGGUCAUUGCCCUGAGCCGGGAUUUUGUGCUGCAGUCGAGCAGCGACUACGCGCAGAGGCAGAGCCUGGGGGAGGUGCGCCUGGACAAGCUGGGGAGCAGCACCUUCCGCCUCACCGUCUUCCACUUGCAGCCCUCCGACCAGGGCGAGUUCUACUGCGAGGCCACCGAGUGGAUCCAGGACCCAGACGGCUCAUGGUACCCGAUGACCCGAAAGCGUUCCGAGGGGACUGUGGUCAACGUCCAGCCCACCGACAAAGAGUUCACCGUUCGGCUGGAGACCGACAAGCGGCUGUAUACGGUAGGUGAACCGGCGGAGUUCAGGUGCAUCCUGGAGGGGCAGAACACUCCCGACCGUUACUUUGCCGUCUCCUGGGCCUUCAACAGCUCGCUCAUUGCCAGCAUGGGGCCGAAUGCUGUGCCGGUCCUCAACAGUGAGUUCACCCAUCGGGAGGCCAGGGGCCAGCUCAAAGUGGCCAAGGAGAGCGACAGUGUCUUCGUGCUGAAGAUUUACCACCUCCGCCAGGAGGACAGUGGGAAAUACAACUGUCGUGUGACAGAGAGAGAGAAAACAGUCACCGGGGAAUUCAUCGACAAGGAGAGCAAGCGUCCCAAGAACAUCCCCAUCGUCGUCCUCCCCAUCAAGAGCAGCAUCUCGGUGGAGGUGGCCAGCAAUGCCAGCGUCGUCCUGGAGGGUGAGAAUCUACACCUCUCCUGCAGCAUCCGCACAGCGGGUAGACCACUAGGCCGCUUCUCCGUCAUCUGGCAGCUGGUGGACAGGCAGAACCGCCGCAGCAACAUCAUGUGGCUGGACCGGGACGGCACCGUGCAGCCUGGCACGUCCUACUGGGAGCGCAGCAGCUUUGGGGGCGUCCAGAUGGAGCAGGUGCAGCCCAACUCGUUCAGCCUGGGCAUCUUCAACAGCAGGAGGGAGGACGAGGGCCAGUACGAAUGCCACGUGACCGAAUGGGUGCGGGCAGUGGAUGGCGAGUGGCAGGUCGUGGGGGAACGCCGGGCCAGCACCCUCGUGUCCAUCACGGCUCUCGAAACGGGCUUUGCAGUCACUGCCAUCUCCCGCACGCCGGGGGUGACCUACAGUGACUCCUUUGACCUGCAGUGCAUCAUCAAACCCCAUUACCCCGCCCGGGUCCCUGUGUCAGUGACGUGGCGGUUCCAGCCGGUGGGCACUGCCGAGUUCCAUGACCUGGUGACCUUUACCCGGGAUGGAGGAGUCCAGUGGGGAGACAGGUCCUCCAGCUUCCGUACCCGAACGGCCAUUGAAAAGGCUGAGUCCAGCAACAACGUCCGGCUGAGCAUCAGCCGGGCCAGCGACACGGAGGCGGGCAAGUACCAGUGUGUGGCAGAGCUGUGGCGGAGGAACUACAACAACAGCUGGACGCGGCUGGCCGAGAGGACCUCCAACCUGCUGGAGAUCAGGGUGCUGCAGCCAGUGACAAAGUUGCAGGUGAGCAAAUCAAAGAGGACCCUCACCCUGGUGGAAAACAGGCCCAUCCAGCUGAACUGUUCAGUCAAGUCCCAGACCAGCCAGAACUCCCACUUCGCCGUGCUCUGGUACGUCCACAAGCCCUCGGACGCCGACGGCAAGCUCAUCCUCAAAACCACCCACAACUCCGCCUUUGAGUAUGGCACCUACGCCGAGGAGGAGGGCCUGAGAGCCAGGCUGCAGUUUGAGAGGCACGUGUCUGGGGGUCUGUUCAGCCUCACUGUCCAGAGAGCCGAGGUCAGCGACAGCGGCAGCUAUUACUGCCAUGUGGAAGAGUGGCUGCUGAGCCCCAACUACGCCUGGUACAAGCUGGCAGAGGAGGUUUCGGGGCGCACGGAAGUCACUGUGAGGCAGCCAGACAGCCGCCUGAAGCUCAGCCAGGCGCAGGGCAACCUGUCGGUUCUGGAGACGCGGCAGGUGCAGCUGGAGUGUGUGGUCCUGAACCGCACGAGCGCGGCCUCGCAGCUGCUGGUGGAGUGGUUCGUGUGGAAGCCCAACCACCCAGAGCGGGAGACCUUGGCCCGCCUGAGUCGCGACGCCACCUUCCACUACGGAGAGCAGGCGGCCAAGAACAACCUGCAGGGCCGGCUGCACUUGGAGAGCCCUUCCCCGGGUGUGUACCGGCUCUUCAUCCAGAACGUGGCGGUGCAGGACAGCGGAACCUACAGCUGCCGCGUCGAGGAGUGGCUGCCCAGCCCUGGCGGCACGUGGUACAGACGGGCAGAGGACACCGCUGGCCAGACGGCUGUUCGAGUCAUGCGACCAGAUGCCGCCCUGCAGGUGGACACGGUGGUCCCCAAUGCCACGGUGUCCGAGAAGGCGGCUUUCCAGCUGGACUGUAGCAUCGUGUCUCGCUCCAGCCAGGACUCCCGCUUCGCUGUGGCCUGGUACUCCCUGAGGACUAAAGCUGGAGGGCAAAGGGGCAGCCCCGGCCUGGAAGAUGGGGAGGAGGAAGGGGAGGAGGGGAAAGAAGAGGAGGAAGAGGACCCCACAGAGCGGACAGCCCUGCUGAGCGUGGGCCCAGACGCUGUCUUUGGCCCAGAGGGCAGCCCCUGGGAGGGCAGGCUUCGCUUCCAGAGGCUCUCCCCGCUACUCUACCGGCUCACAGUGCUGCAGGCAAGCCCUCGGGACACGGGCAACUACUCCUGCCGCGUGGAGGAGUGGCUGCCCAGCCCUCAGAAGGAAUGGUACCGGCUGGCGGAGGAAGAGUCGGCCCCCAUCGGCAUCCGGGUUCUGGACACAAGUCCCACCCUGCAGUCCAUCAUCUGCUCCAACGACGCACUCUUCUACUUCGUCUUCUUUUACCCUUUCCCCAUCUUUGGCAUCCUUAUCAUCACCAUCCUGCUGGUGCGCUUCAAGAGCCGGAACUCCAGCAAGAACUCCGACGGGAAGAAUGGGGUGCCCCUGUUGUGGAUCAAGGAGCCACACCUCAACUACUCCCCCACUUGCCUGGAGCCCCCUGUGCUCAGUAUCCACCCAGGAGCCAUAGACUAAGGGGACCCCUGGCGGUCAUGAGCCACAGAGGAGCUGAGGCUCUCCCCACUGCCUCUCGCUCUGCGAUCAGACAGCGGACAGCACCCGACCUCUGGGGCGCUCUCACAGAACGCGGUCGGACUUGAGAAGUGUUCGGAGUCGCCGCUCAGCCAGAGGCAGACUGCCUCUAGGUGGCAGUCUUGGUGGGUUAGCUAUUUUCGAGCAGAUGGCGCCACCCUGCCGAAUUAGGUUGCUUGUUUCUGUUUUCGGUAAUGUGGUGAGUAGCUCCCGGUGCCACGUCUACUCACUGAUUUAUAUAGUAUUCGCAGAUAUAGAUGUUACAGGGGCUCUUAUUCUUUGUAAGGGACGCUUUUUCAAUCCCUUUGGUUUACGCUUUUUGGAUUCCGUCAUGUUGUGGACAAAUUACCCUUAAAUACGACUGAUGGCAGCAGGAAGGACGAACUUUAUAGCGCAAAGGAAUCUCUUCCAAGACUUUUUUUCAUUUUUGCACACUUGAAAAUGCCACCCAUGGAUCAAAAUAUACCCAAACAUUUUUUACUUCCUUAACGAGACUUGAAAAUUAUGUGUAGUGUGGGCCCAAUUUGUAUCUUAUAUUUUCCCUCAGCUGGAGUUGUUGGAACCACUUUGUAGUCAAGAUGAAAGCAUUGAAUUUUGCUUCAAAGAACUGUAUGUACAAGAUAAAUCCUGCAUAACCCCACUAGGAGUAGAUAGCGCCCAGCCUAGCCUAUCUGUUGGGGAGGCAAUAGGCUUCAAUCCCACCCUUGCCAAAAAAUGAGCAGACUCUGUUGGACAACGAGUCAGAAGCUCCAAACAGCACACACUUUGCAAGUUAAAGUGGGCAGAGGGCUGCUUUUAGCAGCUACUGACUUUCAGAUUGAUCAAAGUCACUGAUUAGUGAAAGAAGGAAACAAGGCUGGUUGUCGGCUUGGUCUGUUCUGCAAGGGCAGUCUCUGACUGAUAAUUGCGAGCCGGUGGGCUUCUAUUUUCAGGUGCUUUGCCAAACUCGUAAGGGAAAAUGGCCAGUGAGCCUGCAGAGGGCCCAGCAGCCCCCACAUACACUGUCGGGAGGCACUGGGGCUGGCUGACAGCUAAGGCUCGUGAACGUUGGGACGGUCAGCCAGCGGUGAGGGGGGUUUCCAGAGCCAGCCAUUGUAGAACAGGGAGGAAUAACUACCUCCCUGGAGAUAUGAAGACUAGGUUUUCCUUUUUCCUUCCAAUUAGAUUUUUCUCAAAGAUACUGAUGUCUUUCUUCUUUGCCGUUUAACCUGCAUCUCACUGCCGUAAGAAUAUCUGCC